UGUUUGAAAAUUGAAAAGCCACAGUUGCUCAAUAAUUUCAUGGACACUCAACUCAACUACUACAGUACCUGUCAAUCAUUUUGAGCAAUUAAGUACCUCAAUUAUAACCAAAUUUGCCACUUGAUGAUCCCAUGGGAAAGGGUAGGUAGGAGAUUAUAUAUAUGGGAACAAACAGCUGAGACUCAGAGCCAAGCUAUGGAGGAGAAAAAAUCACAACAACUAUCAAAACCAUUAAUUUCAAGAGAAAAUAUUUGUGGUUUGGUGGAUGAAUGUGGUGUGAAAUCAAGCCAAGAUGUCACAUUUAUACUUGUAUUCACCUCAUUUAUUGUUGUUUGUGGCUCUUAUAUUUCUGGAAAUGCUAUAGGGUACACAUCACCAGCUGAAUCAGGCAUUUUAGAAGAUCUGGAUUUAUCUUUGGCAGCAUUUUCCCUUUUUGGGUCGGUAUUGACAAUCGGAGGGCUAAUAGGAGCAGUAUCAUGUGGGAUGGUCGCAGACCUCCUCGGUCGAAGAGGAGCAAUUUGGUUGUCAAGUACAUUUUGCAUGGUGGGCUGGCUUGCAGUUGCAUUGUCAAAGGGUGUCUGGUCACUAGACUUGGGAAGACUGUUUCUAGGACUCGGAUUGGGAAUUUUUUCUUAUGUGGUACCUAUUUAUAUUGCAGAAAUCACACCAAUGAAUUGCAGAGGAGCCUUUAUGUCUCUUAAGUUGGUUAUGACCGGUAGUGGCAUAUCGUCAGCAUUUGUCCUCGGUUCUGUUUGUAACUGGCGCAUUUUGGCUCUACUUGGUGUUAUACCCUGUCUAAUUCAAGUCGUUGGUGCAUUCUUUAUUCCGGAGUCGCCCAGAUGGUUGGCAAAAGUUGGUCGAAAAAAGGAGUUGGAAAUUGCUCUUCAGAGGCUAAGGGGAAAGAAUGCUGAUAUUUCUCACGAAGUAGCUGAAAUCAUAGGUUGUGGACAAAACUUGAAUCAGAGAGCAGAUAACGGAAUUAAAGAGUUGUUCCACCAAAGAUAUGCGCGUGCAAUUAUUAUAGGAGUUGGCUUGAUGUUAUUGACGCAAUUUGGAGGGCUUAAUAGCUAUAUGUUUUAUAUGAGCUUUAUCUUGGAAUCCGCAGGUCUCCCAGGUGAUGUUGGAUCUAUAUCAACCGGUAUUGUUCAGAUAGUGAUGAACAUUUGCGGAUUGUUAUUGGUCGAUAAAUAUGGAAGGCGACCUCUAUUACUAGUUUGUUUAGUUGGAAUGUGCUUAGGUUCAUUCUUUACAGGAUUGUCCUUCCUGUUGCAGGGACAUCAUUUUGGAAAGGAUUUCACUGGAGUUUUAGCACUUGUAGGAGUAUUGGCAGCCAUAGGAUCUAUUGCAAUGGGUAUGGGAGGAAUACCAUGGAUUAUAGUAGCAGAGAUAUUUCCUGUGAAUAUAAAAGGUUCAGCAGGAAGUUUAGUGAAUGUGGUCAGUUCAAUUGGGUCAUGGGUUGUUGCCUACACAUUCAACUUUUUAUUUCAAUGGAGCUCACCAGGAGUAUUUUUCAUGUAUGCAAUCACAGCUGCAAUGGGGAUUAUAUUUGUAUUGAAGUUGGUACCGGAGACGAAUGGACGAUCACUCGAAGAAAUUCAAGCAUCAAUCAUAACUCAGUAAACUUAAUUUCAGUCUUAAAAUUAGAGGGUGACUUAAUUCCAUAAUGGGGAUGAAAAUGCUAUUUGAUUCAAUUAUUUUGUACCGUAUUUUAUUCCAGCUGAUAUUAUUAUUCUUAAUUUUAAAAGAUUAAAUUAUAUCAA